AUGGCCUUCCUGGCCAUCUCCGAGUUCCGCGGCGACAACAUUGCCUACUCCAAGUUCUGGCGCGGCCGCGGCGACCACGGCCAGGGGACGAAGCAGCAGCAGCAACAGGGCUCUCGCGCGCUCCUGCCCCGCGUGGACCUGCUCUACCCCGGCGUGCUCGCCUUCGCCGCCGGCCUCGUCCUCGCCGGCAACUUCUACCACCACCUCCUCCUCUCGAGGCUGAGAGCCGGCGGCGGCAAAGACAAGAAGGGGUACAAGAUCCCUACAGGCGGCCUGUUGGGGCUCGUCACCUUCCCGCACUACCUCUUCGAGAUCCUCGCCUUCUUCGGGUUCGCCAUGAUCUCGCAGACGCUGUACGCGCUCACCGUGGCCGUGGGCACGGCGGCCUACCUCGCCGGCCGGAGCUGCGCCACCAGGAAGUGGUACGCGUCCAAGUUCGACGAGUUCCCGUCCAGGAUCAAAGCUCUUGUGCCCUAUGUCUGGUAG